AUUACAAAAAUGUUAGGACUGCCCACAGUCCACAGAUUUGAAAGAAGAUAAGGUCCAGCUGAUAUUCAGCUGCAUGCUGACCGUAACCAAGCUGACCACUUACUCUGUAAACUAGUAUCAACUGAUGGAAAGCAAAGCGAAUCGUGGACUUCAGUCAUCCACAGGCUGAGCAGAGAGGACUGAUCUACAGGCACGAGACCACCUCGGAGCGCACGUGAGUCUUGACUGCUGUGAUUGCUGGGAACAUGAACGCGCUUCUUGACCACUUUCACAACUUCUUCCUGCCGCUGCUGCGGGGGCACGAGCAUGUCUGCCAAUGCUUCUGCGGGAGUGAACAAGCCUAUCAUGUUGUUCCAUAUCACGGAGCCAUGCCCAUUGACUGCUCCUACGGGGACUACAUCAUGACCCAGCAGGAAAUGGAUCUGAUAGCUGGGAUAAUGUUGGGCAUUUGCAUCAGCUGGGUCUUGAUGUGGCUGGAUUCUGUUUGGCACAGGGCGCUUAACUGCUGGAGGACAAACCAGCUCACCAGUAAUCGUUUCCAUUCAUGGAUGCCAAAAUUCAGAAAUAUAAGGAACGUGUUCAGGUGUCCACAUCCUGAACCCUCGGAGGAAUCCAGCGGAAACAUGGUGUAGAUAGAGCCACAGGUUAAUGGAAGCACUUGACAUAAAACUGUAGUUCUGAUUGAAAUAUAACAGACUGUAAUAACAGUUGUAAUAAUGAUAUUUUAACAGCGACUGGAACCACCAGCAUGUAAAACAAAACAAAAAAAACCCAAAAACACUUCCUCAGGGAAAUCUUGUAGAAGCAGAUCUGCCCUUUCUCAGCCUCAGUUGCCUUUUUUCUCUGUUUGCAAAGUCUGUUUCUGUGAUAUGGAAACAUUUAAGGGGUUAAGAAGCCUUAAUUAUACACACAUGUACUGUACACUGGUUACCGUACACUGCCUCUGCAACUGUCAGUGUUUUUCUGUGCUUGUUACUUACAAACAAACUAAUAAAAAUGCUAAAAGCAUUUAAAAGUAUCUGCGGCUCUAAGGCUGCAUGCCAGUACUCCAUCCUGGUUUCGCACAAUAACAAUCACAUUCACAGGGUCACCUUUUUUCCCAGUGCAUUCUCAAUGCAGCGUGUACAGCAGUAGUAGUAAAUGCUUAUACGAGGCAUAUGCAGAGGUAGAGAUAAGGAGUCGGCUUGUGUGGUCUAAGCCCAUUCUUAGGAGCUCGAGGCCACUUUUCUGGUCAACCAGGUCUUAUGCAAGUAGCUCAAACAGCUCUCCCAGCAUGAUACUACAAAAGACUUUAACCAGAUGUUUUAAUUCAUUUUUAUGUGUAAAACUGAAGUUUCCUCAUAUUGUGACAGAUGCAAAACUCCUCAAGCCUCACUGAUCCACAUGUACUGGUCUUGUCCCAAUCUCGUUCAGUUCUGGACAGACGUUUUUCAUACCCUGUCCAGGAUUCUCAGUGUGACGCUGGCCCCUGGUCCCCCUCUUGCUCUGUUUGGCAUCAGUGGGAAUGAGGUGCUUCUACUGGGAUCUAAAAAACAGGCAUUAUCAAUCUGUUGCCUGUUGGCCAGGAGGGCAAUCCUACUGAGGUGGCGGGACGCUGCCCCUCCCACUCACAAACAGUGGUUAUAUGACCUCAUGGCAUGUCUAAAACUGGAAAAAAGAAGACACUCACUCCAGAACUCACUACUGGGAAAUUUCAAAGCAUGUGGGGUCCCUUCCUUGAUGCAUUUCAAAAUCUAUAACAAUUUUUCAGCAAACUCUCUUAUGUCAGGUGUGGAAAUACAGUGUACAGGUCUAGGGCAGUGACCUGGGUGGGAAUGAAUGGGAUUAUUUUGCAGGGAUUAUGUUACUUUGGGAUAUAUCAUACAUAUGUUUAUAUUUCUCUUUCUUUCUUCUCUUUAUUUCCCUUUUUUCUUUUUUUCCUUUUAUUUCACAGCUGAAGAUACAUUUCUGAACUCAUUUCACAGCCUAAAUGUACAGAUCAUCUGUAACCCUUUUUUCUGUUUAUAUGUAUAAUAU